CGGACGGGACCGAUGCCUGCGGACGGCGCUUCACGCCGCGGCGUGGCGUGGCCGCACGGCCGUACUGCGCGCCCUGCUGCAGCACGGCGCCUCGCCCGCCGCCGUCUGCACGCAGGGCGCCACGCCGCUCGGUACGUACCAUCUACCAUCAUAUUGCCGUGGCGCUGCACGCCGCGGCGUGGCCGCACGGCCGUACUGCGCGCCCUGCUGCAGCACGGCGCCUCGCCCGCCGCCGUCUGCACGCAGGGCGCCACGCCGCUCGGUAUCGCGGCCCAGGAAGGUCACGAAGAAUGCGUACUCUGGUUGCUGCAGCAUGGAGCUGAUCCCAUGCAGGCUGAUCAUUGUGGGCGUACCCCCGCGAAGGUGGCAUGGCGAGCGGGGCACGCGAACAUCUGCCGUCUGCUGGAGCGCUGGCCGGGCGCCGCCCCCGCCGCCCCCGCCCCGCCCUCAGCAGCCCCAUCUGCCCCUGCACAUCAUGAUCUCCUGCCAGCGAGGCCGCCUAGUGCCGGUUCGCCGGAGUACAAGCGUCGUAGCGUGCACAGUUCCAACUCGACCAAGUCAUCUUCCAACAUGACAGCUGGCUCGGCACGCUCCCAUUCCCAUCAGGACCAGGCGGAGAUCGUCUCUACUGACAAGGGUAACCGCGCGAAUCUGUCUCUGUCGUUCGCGCAGCAAGUGGCGCGGUGCGGUCGGGGCCGCCGGGAUCACGUCCAGCAUCACGAUAUACCUGAACAUCAUGUCGUCGAAAAGGAUUCUAAACUCAGGAGCUACCUGGCCAACGACCGUGACCUGGAGCUGGGCGCGUGGUCCGGCGCGGGCCGGUCGCGGGGCCACGCGUCCCCGCUGUACGCGUCGCCGCCCCGCACCCCCGUCAGCGACCUCUGCAGCCCCACGCAGCCCGCACUGCCUACCUUCGGCUCUCAACCUCCAAGCUUGACUUCAGUGCAACCAGUUUUAACGGACACACACUUCAACCGGGACACCCACAUGCGAAUCAUAUUGGGACGGGACAGCAAACCGCCGCAGGAUAGAAGCGAAAGUAAAAGCAAGAGGAAUGGUAUUGUAACGAAUCCUGCCAUGCGGUUGGUCGCCAACGUCAGAAAUGGGCUCGAUAAUGCAGCCGCGAAUAUACGUCGAACAGGCGUAGCCCUAGCGGCAAGCGCCAGUUCUGCCAACCCUGCCGUCAAAACCAACGCUUUCCAAUGGAGGAAAGAGACGCCACUAUAAGAAAGAAAAAGACAAAUGAACGGUACAAGCUUUUUUCCAUUCAUACAGAAACUGAAACAAAUUCAGUUCUGAUAUUGAAGAUUUUUUUCUGUUUUCGAAAAAAGAGUAAUCUCGUUUUUCUUUACCGCACCCGGUCGAACUCGAAAUUAGUCGGACGAGCUCGAAAACGGUGUGGGUAUACAAAUGUGAUUCGAAUUAACGCGAUCAAGAUUUUACUGAUUUGUAAAGUAUUGCCAGGUGGCUUUUAUUUUCGGAAAAGUAUUUUUUUAGUCUGGCAGGUGAAAUGCGUUGUGUACAUUUUUAAUUAAUGUUAAUUUUAUGAUGAUUUCUUGUGUGUACAAAUGGCCUAUUUUUUAUGUAAAUAAU